AUCUUGGUGCCUGCACUGUCUGCCCCCCCCCCCCCCGCCAAAAAGGAUGGCUGUCCAGACGCCUCCUCUCGCCGCCAUCCCCAAUCCCUUUAAGGAAGCAACCCGAGGGGCGUAGAGGAGGAUUCCGCUUUUCCGUGCCAGCUUUGGCGAAAGGAGCGGCGCCGAGGCUCGCUCCCCCUUCUGCUUAAUAAGGCAAGGGAGGACCCCAAGAUGGCGGCGACCGCUGCUGUGGCGGCGACCGCCUCAGAACAGAGAAACGUGAGGAGAGCCCCGCAAGCACCCUGUGCAGAGAAGAGUCUUGUGCAAAGCUCUAAUGGCCCCAUGAAGAAGUCCAUGCGUGAGAAGGCUGUGGAGCGGAGGAACAUUAACAAAGAACAUAAUAGCAACUUCAAAGCUGGAUAUAUUCCCAUUGAUGAAGAUCGGCUGCACAAAACUGGCUUACGGGGCCGAAAAGGCAAUUUGGCUAUUUGUGUGAUCAUCCUGCUUUUUAUUUUGGCUGUCAUCAAUUUGAUUAUCACACUUGUCAUUUGGACUGUGAUUCGUAUUGGGCCCAAUGGCUGCGACAGCAUGGAGUUUCAUGAGAGUGGCUUACUGCGAUUUAAGCAAGACUCUGACAUGGGAAUUAUACAUCCGUUGUAUAAGAGCACAGUGGGAGGCCGGCGUAAUGAAGAUUUGGUGAUUGUUGGAGAGAACCAACCAAUUGUGUUUCAGCAAGGGGAAACAAAACUCAGCAUUGAAACAGAUAAAACUUUAAUUACCAGUGAUAUCGGUAUGGAAUUUGUUGACCCACGGACACAGAACACGUUGUUCAGCACUGACUACAAUACUCAUGAAUUUCAUUUGCCAAGUGGAGUAAAAACUCUGAAUGUCCAAAGAGCAUCUACCGAGAGGGUUACCAGCAAUGCGACCAGUGAUCUAAAUAUAAAAACUGAUGAGCGUGCUGUUGUCCGUGGAAAUGAAGGAGUUUUCAUUAUGGGCAAAUCAAUCGAAUUUCAUAUGGGAGGCGAUCUGGAACUCAGGGCUGACAACAGCAUUAUCCUAAAUGGAAGCGUGGUAGUCAAUACAACCCGACUGCCAAGUUAUUCUUAUGGAGAACAGUUUAAUAAUGGCGAUUGGGAGCGCUACAAGCUUUGCAUGUGUUUUGACGGGACUCUCUUCCGUGUUCCAGUGAAGAGCCGCAACAUGGGUUGUCAAACCUCAGUUAAUCCAUGUGGUAAUACAUAUUAAAUGCAAUGCCAGCACAUGGCUGAAAGACCCUUGUAUUUAUCGAGUUGGAUUCUAUCAGUUUUUCCAUUUGUGCAAGAGGAAAGAGGGGCUACUUUUGACCUCUAAGGAAGUUGUGCUUGGAAUCAUGGGACAUAGGGUGGGACUACAAAGGGCAUCAAGUUAGACCACACAUCUUGUGCCCGUGGAAAAGCUGAUAGGAUACAAUCCACUGUUUAAAGAGUUGCAUGUUUGAUAAGGAUUCCUUUUUUUUUACAGCAGUUUGUAGAAGUAUUAUUUGGAUUUUUUAAUGCAAGAUACUGCAUUUUAACAAUAUUACAUCAUGUCAAUGAGCUUGUUUAAAAUGGCUAUUUAUGCUAAAUUAGACUGCAUUUCGGUAAAAUAGCUAGGCACAAGCCUGGUAUACUUUGUUAUAUUGGGUCUGAAAUUAUUACUAAUGGGUCUGAAAUUAUUACUAAAGGCUUUAUGCAGUUACUUGCAUUUUCCAACUUUUAUUUUUCCAAGUCUCCAUCAGGAGAGAGAAUCUUUCAGCUCUUUCCUUUGAUCCCAGAGGCAUUGAGGCAUCUUUUGUCUUUUGCAUUUCUGCAUGCUCUGCAUUCUGAAGAUAACUGACCGUGACCAUGCCAUACUGAAUGUAAAAGACUUAAGUAUUUUAAAAAUGAUUGCCGAUUAUCGGGUAAUCCAUUUUGCCUUCGCUUAGGUUCUCUUCCUGUUACAGGCAGGGGCACUUCCUUCCUCCAGCAUAACACCCCUUAUAGAUGUUUAAAUGGCUACAUAAUAAAGGAUACAAAAUUGAAUGUUAUUUAUAUAAAAAAACUAGCUUCUUGGCUGAACUGUUUAAUACAGACCCUUCUGUGAACUCUUGCUUUAU